AUGAAAAGUUAAAUAGGUGAAAUAAGAAUGAGUCCUAGAUAUAUUAAAAAUAUGAUGAUGUUCAAAUCUUUCAUGACUAGUUAUAAUUUAUUAUAAUAUUCUUAGAAACCUAACCUACUAUUAAUCCAGUAAUGUUAAGAAUUUAUGGUAAAUUGAAUGCUGAAAGAGAGAUUAUUAAUAAUUAAGAAGUUAAACAUAGACCUAAUACUCAAAAAAGAAAAACUAAAAGACCAAAAAUGAAUUCAGAUGAUAAAGUGUUAUUCUUAAUUUAGAAGGAUUUUGAAAGAGAGACAAAAUAAAUAAAAAAAUUAGGGAAUCAUACUGCUAGAACUGAAGAGCUAUAGAAAUCUAUCCAUAACUAAUUAAUAAACAAAAAUUCUAAUUCAAUUUCAAGUUUAAUGAAUCAAGAAUUUGAUGUUAAAUUAGCACCAUCAUAUUAUGAAUUAUUGAAUACAAUUUAACCAGAAAUGAAUUUCAAAAGUAAAUUAUCAUUAAGAGAACCUUUGAGUAAAGCUAAGGCAUUAUUAUCUUAAACAGAAGAGAAAAAAAGAAUUUAUGAAUCUUAAAUUAGACAUUAAAGAGAUUUCUUUAGAUAACCUACUUUAACUGAUUUUCCUUCUUUAGUAAAGAAAAGAACAACAAUUAAAAGUAUAUUUGAAGAUCCAAGAAAUAAAUUUUAAGCUAAUCAAUUUAUUAACAGUAUUAGCUAACAUUGUAAAUCAGAAAGUACUGAAUGUUGUAAAAUACUUCAUUAAUGUUCCAAAGCCCAAGGAAGAUUUAAUAGUCAUUAUGAAGAACUUCUAGAUAAUUACUUCACUUAAAUGUGA